UGACCGUCCAUCGACGGAAGCGGCGUGUCUCUGCCUGCCAGGCUCCUUUCCUCAACAUUGGGAAAAGGAAAAACUGCUCAAAUACAGCAGAAUUGUCUGAAAACGGAACCAACCUUUAGCUGUGAAAGUGUUUUGGUAAAUUGUUUGCAGUUCCUGACCUUCCCAGAAGAUGGCGCAGUGGGGCCAGCUUCAGAUGUUGGACUGUAAGUACCUGGAGCAGGUGGACCAGCUGUACGACGACUCCUUCCCCAUGGACAUCCGCCAGUACCUGAGCAAGUGGAUCGAGAGCAUCGACUGGGACACGGUGGCGAUGCAGGACUCGCUGGCCACCAUUCGCUUCCACGACCUGCUGGCUCAGCUGGACGACCAGCACAGCCGCUUUGCGCUGGAGAACAACUUCCUGCUGCAGCACAACAUCCGAAAAAUCAAAAGGAACCUGCAGGAUCGGUUCCAGGAGGAUCCGGUCCACAUGGCCAUGAUUAUCUCCAGGAACCUGAAAGAGGAGCAGAACAUCCUGGCUAAGGCGAAGAGCAUGGAGCAGGAGGGCGAGAGCACGGUGUCCGCCAUGGUGGUGGAGAAGCAGAAGCUGGACAACAAAGUGAAGGAGAUGAGGGACCGAGUCCAGAUGGUGGACGUGAACAUCAAGAACGUGGAGGACCUGCAGGACGAGUACGACUUCAGGGUCAACUCCCUGAAGAAUAGAGAGAACGAGAUGAACGGCAUGACAGCGAAGGAGCUGGAGAAGGAGAAGAUGGGCAUCGCCCGGAUGGGCUUCGAGCUGAAAUCCAAGCGUCAGGACGCGGUGAUCCAGCUGAGCGACCUCCUCACCGUCAUCCACGCCCUCCUGACCGACCUGAUCUCCGAGGAGCUGCCGGAGUGGAAGCAGCGGCAGCAGAUCGCCUGCAUCGGCGGCCCGCCAAACGCCUGCGUGGACCAGCUGCAGAACUGGUUCACGGCCGCGGCGGAGAGCCUCCAGCAGGUCCGCCAGCACCUGAAGAAGCUGCAGGAGUUGGAGCAGAAGUUCACGUACGACAACGACCCCAUCACGCAGAAGAAAGCCUUCCUGGAGGCGCGAACUCUGGAGCUGCUCAAAAACCUUCUCUCCAACUCCCUGGUGGUGGAGCGGCAGCCGUGCAUGCCCACCCACCCGCAGAGGCCGCUGGUGCUGAAGACCGGCGUCCAGUUCACCGUCAAACUACGGUUUCUGGUGAAGCUGCAGGAGUUCAACUACCAGAUCAAGGUCAAGGCCGUGUUCGACAAAGAUGUUACGGAGAAGAAAGGGUUUCGGAAGUUCAACAUUCUGGGGACGAACACCAAAGUCAUGAACAUGGAAGAGUCCAACGGCAGUUUGGCGGCAGAGUUCCGACAUUUGCAACUGAAGGAGCAGAAAGUCGCCGGCAACAGAACCAAUGAGGGCCCUCUGAUCGUCACGGAGGAGCUGCAUUCACUCGGCUUCGAGUCGGAGCUGCAGCUCAACCAGUCCGGCCUGAGCAUCAAGCUGGAGGCCAUGUCGCUGCCCGUGGUGGUCAUCUCCAACGUGUGCCAGCUGCCCAGCGGCUGGGCCUCCAUCCUCUGGUACAACAUGCUCACCACCGAGCCCAAAAACCUCAAGUUCUUCCUGUCGCCGCCGGCCGCCAAGUGGUCUCAGCUGUCCGAGGUUCUCAGCUGGCAGUUCUCCUCCGUCACCAAGCGAGGACUGAACCAGGAGCAGCUCAACAUGCUGGCGGACAAACUGCUGGGAGCCAAAGCGCAGAGGAACCCAGAGGGACUCAUCCCUUGGACCAAGUUCUGCAAGCAGCAAGGUGCCAACGAGAAAGCGUUCGCCUUCUGGCUGUGGAUCGAAGGGAUCCUGGAUUUGAUCAAGAGGCACCUGCUGUCCCUGUGGAACGACGGCUCCAUCAUGGGCUUCAUCAGCAAAGAGAGGGAGAAGGCUCUGCUGAGCGGCAAAUGUCCGGGAACCUUCCUGCUGCGCUUCAGCGAGAGCAGCCGGGACGGCGCCAUCACCUUCACCUGGAUCGAGCACGACAUCCACGACAAGCCGAUUUUCCACUCCGUUGAGCCGUACACCAAGAAGGAGCUGACUGCUGUUUCGCUGCCCGACAUCAUUCGCACCUACAAGGUGAUGGCGGCCGAGAACAUUCCAGAGAACCCGCUGCGCUUCCUCUACCCCGCCAUCCCCAAAGACAAGGCUUUUGGGAAAUACUACCCCAAACCCCCAGAGCCUCAAGAGCCCAUGGACGUGGAGAGCUCGCAGCCCAGUGGCUACAUGAAGACAGAGCUCAUAUCCGUUUCAGAAGUACCGCCGUCCAGGCUGCAAGACAACAUCAUGCCCAUGUCUCCGGACGACUACAAGGCACUGGAGCAGUUUGUGGGCCACAGAGACAUCGAUGCUGUGACCAACAAUCUGAUGGACUUUGGAGGGUUUGACGCUCAGAUGAGCGGAGACUUACAGGACGAAAACUGAAGCCGGAUCCGUGUUGUGCACCGGUUCCUACCAUCAGACAGCAAACGCACUCAAGAGAACCCUGCUUCUGUGUGCGUUUGUGACCUUUACUGUAGAACAUCCAGGUUGUCAGCUCUCUCUGAGAAUUCCUCUAUAAAUGUGAAUGCCUGGAUAAAAAAAAAGCUUCAAUAACUGUUCAGACUUUUAUUGUGAAAACUCCACUUCAAAAUGGUUUUAUUUAAAAAGCUCCAGGAGAGAAUAACAGUUCUUGUAAUAAAUAGAUUUCUUUGCAGUUUGGAUCCUAGUAGAACUCAUUCUUCAAUCCAACAUUAUUUAUAAAAGCACUUUAAACCAUUUCUGCAGACCCACAGUUCUGUACAUUUACUCACAAUGUUGUCUGAAAUAGCUAUUGAACAGUGAUGAACUUCUGUCUUUUUCACGUUUUGGAACACUGGAAAAAUUUGUAGAAAAUAAAAGCAUCUUCAAAUGAAAAGUGUAGCUAAAAAAUGAGAUGUUACAGUUUGGGAUUUUUCUUUUCACAUAAAACAUGAAAAAGAUUUUAUUUUGAUAUAACCCAGAGAUGGAUGUAUUUUAUUUUGAAAGUGAUAUUGUGAAAAAUCAUGGCAAUUAUAAAGAAAAGUGUGUGCCAUGAGAUGGUUUUUGGAGUUAAGCAUCACUGAGUGACGAGGUAAAAAAAGAAUAAAAGGUUGAAUUGAUUUAACGACGGGUUUUCCCGUAAUCCUGGUUGAUGUUUUAAAAGGUUUGAGCCGAUAAGCUCUUAUGUUUAUGUUGGUGUCAAAAACGAUUUUUAUUGUAAUAAACCAUUUCAGACCUUCA